AUGUUAUUCAAGAGCAGGUUAAAGUAUAUACUCGGAAUUCUUGUUUUUGAAAGAUACUUUAUCCAGGUUGUUGCCACCAGUCUUUUCCAAGCAACAACUGGAGGUAUUGGAUGUCAAUAUGGAGAUCAAGUUGGUAGUGUAGAUGGUUUUGCUGCAACUUUUUAUUCAUAUCCUAACAAAGGUACAGCCGCCGGAAAUACAAAUGAUGGAAGUGUGAACACGGCCUUUUUUGAAACAGGUUACAGCCAGUAUGGCUUGCAAGGCAGUACCACCGGUAUAACUCUUCCAAGUAUUCAAUAUGAUUAUCAAAGAGCCGAUUCAUAUACUACUGAUGUAUUUGGUGUUCCUGUUACCGUUCAGCACUUUUUGGUUGAGUUGGAUGGUUACUUUUAUGCCAAAACAUCUGGUGUUUAUACAUUAGAGCUUAACGAUAUAGAUGAUUAUGCUGCCAUAUGGUUUGGUAAAGGUUUGGACUGCUGUGAUACAACGUCAUCGGAUGACAGCAUUGCUCCGGACUUUGCUACCGGAAGAAGUUAUAGCACUAAUACAAAUGGAGAAUCAUCAUACUCCAUAUAUUUGUCUGCCGGUUCAUACUAUCCAAUCAAAAUCAGAUAUGUUAAUGUUGUUACAAAGGCCCGUCUCGGGUUUAGUGUUGUGGAUCCUUCAAAUAAUAAAAUUACAAACUUUGAGGGAUACGUCUAUCAAUUCAUCAAUAUUGGAGGAUCAUGUACCACUGUUACAGCUACACUACCAUUGGAAACAACUACUGUGACAACUGAUGUUAGUACUGUUACUACUACUACUGAGGCUACAACUUACACAUCGGGUGAUCAAACUAUUACAAGUAGUAUUGUUGUUGUUGAGGAACCACCACUUUCAACUACUACUGUGACAACUGACGUUAGUGUUGUUACUACUACUACUGAGGCUACAACUUACACAUCGGGUGAUCAAACUAUUACAAGUAGUAUUGUUGUUGUUGAAGAACCACCACUUUCAACUACUACUGUGACAACUGACGUUAGUACUGUUACUACUACUACUGAGGCUACAACUUACACAUCGGGUGAUCAAACUAUUACAACUACUGUUGUCGUUGUCGAGGAACCACCACUUUCAACUACUACUGUGACAACUGAUGUUAGUACUGUUACUACUACUACUGAGGCUACAAUUUACACAUCGGGUGAUCAAACUAUUACAACUACUGUUGUCGUUGUCGAGGAACCACCACUUUCAACUACUACUGUGACAACUGAUGUUAGUGCUGUUACUACUACUACUGAGGCUACAACUUACACAUCGGGUGAUCAAACUAUUACAAGUACUGUUGUCGUUGUCGAGGAACCACAACCAUCCAAUACUUUGACGACCACAAGUGUUAGUUCUAUUACUUCCAAUACUGUUCCACUUUUUACCACUACAGUGACUACCGAUGUUACUGUUGUUAGCACCACAACUGAGGCCAUUUCAUAUACGUCGAAUGAUCAGCUCAUUACAAGUAGUAUCGUCGUUGUCGAAGAACCGUCGCUAUCAAAUACUUCCACAACAGUCAGUUCUGUUACUUAUAGCACUGAACCAUUUUGCACUACCACCGUGACAACGGAUGUUAGUGUAGUCACCACUACUACAGCAGUCACCAUAUAUACUUCUGGUUAUCGGACAAUCACGAGCAGCAUUGUUGUCAUAGAAGAGCCGUCGGUAAUCUUCAGCUCCUCCAAAACAAAUAAUAUACCAUCUUCAGAAUCCAUGGAGUCUACAUCUUUUGCCUUUUAUGGUAAUACAAGCUCGUUGAGCAGUACCACAACUAAUGAAGUUUCUUUGUACACGACUACAAUUACAACAGAUGUUGAAUGUGCGUCAACUGCAACUGAAGUCACGGUCUUCACUGUGAAUGGAAAAGUCACUACAUCAAGUAUUAUUAUUGUUGAAGAACCACAUACCUCAAAUAAUGUUUCUUCUUCAGAGUCAGAGUAUACAAGCUCCAAGAUAUUGCAUUCCAGCAAAUCAGAAACGAACUCCAAUGUAAUCAGUAGUACAACAGACGCAGACGUUUCAAUAUCCUCAAGUACUGGUGGUCCAAUACCGGAUAUCUUCACUAGCUCAAGCACUCAUACAUCUGCUACUUCAAGCAAUGAAUACAUUUAUGCUUCAACUACGGCAAGUAUCGAAGGUAUUGAAAGUGAUAAUGAGUCAGGGGAUGAAAAGUACACAUUAUCAAUGGCCGAGUCUUGGACAGUGGCCAGUGUUAGCGGAGAGUCAUGGAUGUCUAUAACUUCUGCAUCGAUUUCGUCCGAACAGCCAACAUUAUCUCCAUCGAUCUCUGUAUACGAAGGUGCAGCAGCAGAAAUCAAAUAUGAUAUAUUCAUCCUUGUUCCGGCGUUGGCCAUAUUUUUAAUACAAAUCUAA